AACAGUUCAACCUCCCGCCUCUUCCACACAGUAAAUAUGGUUUUUCGCCCAUGCAUUGAUCUUCAUGCAGGAAAAGUGAAGCAGAUCGUUGGUUCCUCUUUGACUGGAAGCGAUGCCGCCCUUGUGACAAACUUUGAGGCCACCAUGAGCGCAGAGGACUUUGCCAAAAUGUACAAAGCGGAUGAUUUGAAGGGUGGGCACGUGAUCAUGUUAGGGGGCGGAUGCGAAGAGGCGGCGUUGAAGGCGCUGCGGGCAUAUCCGCAGGGCCUUCAAGUGGGGGGUGGGAUCACCCCCCAAAACGCUCAGAAAUUUCUAGAAGCAGGAGCUAGUCACGUCAUUGUGACUUCUUUUUUGUUCAACGGGUCGACGUUGGAUUGGGCGCGGUUGAAAGAGAUGGAGGAAACGGUGGGGAAGGAGCGACUG